AUGGAGUCUAAACCACCUCUACCUGUUUCAGCGGACUCGUAUGUCUCGACUCAUAGCACUGCACUUGAGAGAGCUAGUUCACAGGCUUUGGUCGGCGAUGAGAACCCGCUCAACUGGUCGGCACUGCGCAAAUGGCCCUUGUCCAUUAUCGUGAUCCUGAUGUCCGCAACGAUGGGCUACUACUCCGGUGUGCAUGCUGCCUCGAUCCAGGCAGUCGCAGAUUUCUACGGAUGUUCGGUACUCGCGUCCACGUCUGCGGUGUCGUUCUUUCUCCUCGGAUUUGCUAUUGGUCCUCUCUUCUUCGCACCGUUGUCUGAAAUGCUGGGAAGAAACCCGAUUCUCAGAGUCGCGUUUGGACUCUUCGUCAUAUCCAAUAUCGGAGACGCGUUAGCGCCUAACAUCGAGACACUGUUGUUCUUCCGCUUCUUGGGAGGCCUUUUGGGAGCGCCGACAGUUACCAACACGGCAGGCUCCCUCACUGACAUGGGCUAUUGGACUUCCAUGAUCCUCGGCGGCAUAACCUACAUCUGCGCCCUCCUCUUCCUCCCAGAAACGUACGCCCCACAACUGGUCCGCGCGAAGCAAAUCAAAGCUGGUGGCAACCUCUCCAAUGUUGACUGGAAGAAACGCGCGCGCGAUAACCUGGUUCGUCCAUGGGUUAUGCUCUUCACCGAGCCCAUCGUGUGGGCCUUGUCAACGUACAUGGCAUUCCUAUACGGAAUCAUGUGUCUCGUACUCGUCGCCUAUCCCAUCGUCUAUAAGGAAUACAGAGGCUGGUCAACUGCCAAGAUGAGCGUUGGAUACACAGGCCUGGCAAUGGGAAUGGCUCUUCCAACAAUCCUAUCACCUCUGCUAAAUCGCGCCCAUACACAUUUUGUGCGCAAACUAGGUCCGCAGCCUGAAGCACGCUUCCCACUGCAGAUAGCUUUCACAUGGCUAACACCUAUUGGGCUCUUCUGGUUCGCAUGGACGGCAACAGCGUCUGUACCGGCUGUCGUGCCCAUUCUGGCUGGGGUUCCGCUGGGUAUCGGUCUUCUGACGGCUUUUCUGGAUAUUGCUGCGUAUCUUACCGAUUGCUAUGGUAUAUACGGGGCAAGUGCCCUUGCUGCAAAUGGACUUCUGUGCCGACUCUUUGGUGCAGCAUUUCCGCUCUUCUCGAAACGGUUGUAUGAGAGCUUGGGUGUACCGUGGGGAACUAGUCUGUUGGCUUUCGUCGCCACGGCUAUGGCGCCUAUCCCGUGGAUCUUCUAUCGCUAUGGGCCGACGAUCAGAAAGAAGAGCGCAUACCAUCAAGCCGCCAUGGGUCGUACAUAG